GCUCCAAGUUUGCCAUCUGUGUGUAGAGUAGUGGAUGGUGAAGAGGGCAGCUGGUCAAGUCCGAGCAUUAUUUUGAUUAGAUGGGCUUAGUUAAAUGGCUUGAUAACUCUAGCUUUAUAAUGACAAGAAGAGAAGCCCCCCCCCUCCCCCCUCUCCGCUGCUUCACUCGCGUAUGAAGGAAAUGUGAAGAGGGCUAACUUUAAAAGCAACUGUAGCUAGCUAAGCCUGCUAGCUUGUUAGCAUAACAUAGCGUCCCGGGGAACUCUGUGCCAUCGAAGUUGGAGUCUUUUUCGUGUAGACUUGACUGGAUAUAUCGAUAUGGCACGUAGGGCAGACGUGUUCCAGUCGAAAGUACUCCAGAGACUUUACCCUCCAACUCGCAACGUGGAGAAGGAGCCGAGCCCACCACGGAUUGUAGAGGCCCUCGCCAAAAAACCCCAUGCAAAAAGAGAUGCUGCAAAGAGCCAGAGCGCGGCCAAUCCAGGCAGGCGGCUCUACACGGUCCUACCUCCUCCCGCAGACUACAACAUACAUUCACAGGAAUCUGUCACACUUCCUCAGCUCGAAAGCAUAAAUAGUGCAGAGGACCCAGCUGCUGUGGAGAAAGCCCAUGAUGGCGAUGAACAGUCGGAUGAAGGCAAAGAGGCAGAAGAACAACAGUGGAGGAAGAGGAGAAGAAGGAAGAGGAAGCAAGGCUCCGAGAAGCACGGGGAAGCCACGGGGAGCGAGUCCAGCAGGGACCAGAGUCAAGCGGCCGAGGACGAGGGAGGAGAGCGCAUCAGCAAGAACAAGAGGAGGAAGCUGAAGAAGAAACGGCACAAGGAGAAGCUGCUCUCCAUGGGUUUGAUGCCCCAGGCUGCUGCACUGGAGUUCACCUACCAAAAAGAGGAGGAGGAGGAGGAGGAGGAGGAGGAUAACGAGAGGAGAGCUGCUGAGGUGUCAGACUUCCUGAGGACAACAAUGGAAAUCUAUAUGUCAGAUUCCUCUUUGAACAUAGACGAGGCCCCUCGCCUGUCUGCUACAGUGGACGACCUCCUGGGCGGCAUAGCGGGCGGAUGCAAGCACCACUCCGUCCUGAAGCAGCUCUACGACCUCAAGGUCUUCGUCCAACGUCACGAGAGAGACAAGCUGGAAAAUGCUCUGAAGGUGCUGGACAACAGCUCCUCUAUGACUGCUGAGGAAAUCGCUGCAGUCGUUUCCCUGUUCCAAUACUGGAUCACAGACAUUCUCCCCAUGCGGGGAGGCGAGAAGACAAUGCUUUCCACGACACACCCAUGAGACUGUCAGUCACACAGAGACACAGACGCCUCGGAAGGAUUCCUUCUGCCACUACUGUAGUACAUGUAAAUAUGUAAAAGGUCUUUUUUAUUAUUAAAUGUUUCAGAUUUUUGCUCAG